GUCACCGCCUGCUGCAAGUGCCAGAGCCGGGCGGGCAGCGCGGAGGCUGCGGUGGCAGUGGCCGCGGAGCUGGCCCUGCGGGGCCGCGGGGGGGAGGGGGAGCCGCGAAGCCCCCACCGAGGCCGCCACCGCCGGGCCUCCCCUCCCCCCCCCCGGGCGGGCGCCAUGCGGGGGGGCCCGGGCGAUGCGGAGCGGCGGCAGCGCUGGGGUCGCCUCUUCGAGGAGCUGGAUAGUAACAAGGAUGGCCGCGUGGAUGUGCGCGAGUUGCGCCAGGGACUGGCCCGGCUGGGCGGGGGCGAGCCGAACCGCGACACCCAACAGGGCAUCUCCCCUGAGAGUGACGCUGACCCAGGUGGUGGGCUGGACCUGGAGGAGUUUUCCCGCUACCUGCAGGAGCGGGAACAGCGCCUGUUGCUUCUGUUCCACAGUCUGGACCGGAAUCAGGAUGGUCAUAUCGAUGUGUCUGAGAUCCAGCAGAGUUUCCGAGCCCUAGGCAUUUCCAUCUCGCUGGAGCAAGCAGAGAAAAUUCUGCACAGCAUGGACCGAGACGGCACAAUGACCAUCGACUGGCAGGAAUGGCGCGACCACUUCCUGUUGCAUUCACUGGAGAAUGUGGAGGAUGUGGUCUAUUUCUGGAAACAUUCUACGGUCUUGGACAUUGGUGAGUGCCUGACUGUCCCUGAUGAGUUUUCAGAGCAGGAGAAGCUGACCGGCAUGUGGUGGAAGCAACUGGUGGCAGGUGCAGUGGCAGGUGCUGUUUCGCGGACGGGCACGGCCCCUCUGGACCGCCUCAAGGUCUUCAUGCAGGUCCACGCCUCCAAGACCAACAAGCUAAACAUCCUGGGGGGCCUAAAGAGCAUGAUCCGAGAGGGGGGCAUGCGCUCCCUGUGGCGUGGCAAUGGGAUUAACGUGCUCAAGAUUGCACCUGAGUCGGCUAUCAAGUUCAUGGCCUAUGAGCAGAUCAAGCGGGCCAUUCGGGGGCAGCAGGAGACACUGCACGUGCAGGAGCGCUUUGUGGCUGGCUCCCUGGCUGGUGCCACGGCCCAAACCAUCAUUUACCCCAUGGAGGUGCUGAAGACACGGCUGACCCUGCGCCGGACAGGCCAGUACAAGGGGCUGCUGGACUGUGCGUGGCAGAUCCUGGAGCGAGAGGGGCCCCGCGCCUUCUACCGCGGCUACCUGCCCAAUGUGCUGGGCAUCAUUCCCUACGCGGGCAUCGACCUGGCCGUCUAUGAGACCCUGAAGAACCAGUGGCUUCAGCAGUAUAGCUGUGACUCGGCCGACCCAGGCAUCCUCGUGCUCCUGGCCUGUGGGACCAUCUCCAGUACCUGUGGCCAGAUAGCCAGCUACCCCCUGGCCCUGGUCCGGACCCGCAUGCAGGCCCAAGCCUCCAUCGAGGGUGCCCCCCAGCUCUCCAUGCUGGGUCUGCUCCGUCACAUCCUGUCCCAGGAGGGCGUGUGGGGCCUCUACCGGGGCAUUGCCCCCAACUUCAUGAAGGUUAUCCCGGCUGUGAGCAUCUCCUAUGUGGUCUACGAGAACAUGAAGCAGGCCCUGGGGGUCACGUCCAGGGCUGCUGUAACAAAUUACCACAGACCGGAGGCUUAAAAUGACACAGUUUUUAGACUGAUCUAAUUUUUUAUUGUGGUAAACUAGACAUCACAUACAAUUCACCAUCUUAACCAUUUUUAAGUGCACAGCUCAGUUGAGCACACUCACCCUGUCCUGCAGCCACCCCCACCCUCCGUUUCCAGAACUUUCCAUCUCCCCACAUGGAGACUCUGUCCCCAUGAAGCACAGACUCCCCACCCCCUGCCCCAGCCCUGGCUCCCACCCUCUCCUCUCUGUGUGGAUGGGACUCCUCUGGGGACCUCCUGGGACUGGGGUCCUGCAGGAUGUGUCCUUCUGGGUCUGGCUCCUCUCACUGAGCAGUGUCUUCGGGGUCCCUCCACGUCGUGGCAGGUGUCAGGAUGUCCUUCCUCUUUAAGGCUGAAUAAUAUUCCAGUGUGUGGAUGGACCAUAUUUUGUUUAUUCAUUCAUUCAUCCAUCAUUGGACACUUGGCUUGCUUCCACCAUUGGCUAUGGUGAAUAAAAAACAAGAGGAAUCUAUUGUCCGCCAGUUCUGAAGGCUAGAAGUCUGAAAGCAAAGUGUCAGCAGGCUACGACCCUCUGAAGACUGUAGGGGAGGAUCCUUCCUGCCUCUUCUGGCUUCUGGCAGUUGCUGGCACACAGCAUUCCUCGGCUCGUAGACCCAAUCGGUCCGAUUUCUGCCUGUCUUCAAAUGACCAAAAUUGUUCCUGUCACCAUCUUGUGUUUUAAGCUGCUACCGUUGGGGUAAUUUCUUAUGCAGCAGUAGCUAACUGAUACGCAUGCGCCUACAUAGAUAUGAUUUUCCACACACUCAAAGAUGGACUUAAGCCUUGCUAACUAUUUCGUAUUUUUACUUCCUUUAAAUUAUGUCCUGAGGAUCAUAUUCCCAGAAGCGGGAUUGCUGGGUCAAAGGAUAUGACGAUUUCAGGGUCAUGCCCCCAGAGAAAUCAUCUGUGAUAUACACAGCUACCAACAAGGAAUUGGCAUUCCUAAUUUUACUUCAGUCAUCCCAGCACAGAGUGUUACCACUUUGAUUUAAUCAGGCCAGUCAACCACUAUUUUCUUGUCCACCUUCUCACAUCCCAUUACACCGUUUGGGCCUCAGGAACUGACAUGUGGUGUGAUAUCACACAGACUGCUUUUCUCUUUCUGAGUCUCCCCACCCACAAAAUAGGGGAUGUUAUCACUGACAUCUUUAAAGGGAAAAGAACUUACAUUAAUUGAGCAAGUACUCCAUACGCUGGCUCUGUGCUAAGCCCUUUGAUGCGUUAUCUCCCUCACUUACUCAUCAUCUAUUUACCGGACACCUGCUUUGUGCCAGACUCGGUUUUGUGAAACACACAACAAUCAUUGCUCUCAUAGACCCCACAUUCCAGUGGAGAGCGACAAACAAUAAAUAACACACGUGAGUGAAUGUGUAGCCAGAUAGAAAGCAAAGGCACUAUGGAUAAAAAUAAAGUGGGGAAGCAGAGUUUACAUCUUUUUUUUUUUUAAACAUUUUAUUUAUUUGAGAGAGAGAGAAAGUGAGAGCGAGUGAGCACGAGUGGGGUGAGGGGCAGAGGGAGAAGCAGACUCCAUGGUGAGCAGGGAGCCCGACGCGGGACUCGAUCCCAGGACACUGGGAUCAUGACCUGAGCUGAAGGCAGCCGCUUAACCGACUGAGCCACCCAGGCGCCCCCAGAGUUUACAUCUUAAAUAGAGUUGUCAGAGGAAGCAUCAGGAAGAAGGUGACGUUUGCAUGAAGAUUUAAAGACAGUGAGGGAGGGAGCCAUGGUGAUGUCCAGGAAAACAGCAUUCUAGGCAGAGGGAACAGCCAGUGCAAAGGUCCUGGGGCAACAUCAUGCCUGGCUGUGUUGGAGGAACAGGGAGGGGGCCCAUGUGGCUGGAGCA